AUGCCCGCGAACGCUUUUGAGUGGUUUUUCAUCUACGCAGGCCCGCCCGCGAUUCCCCGCGAUUCUCCGCGAUUUUCCUGGGUUCUUGUGGGCGCAAUGAUGAGUUUGUGCAGCUUGUUAGCGCUUUGCAUGCCCGAGCCUCCAGGGCCAUGGAGGUCUGUGCCAUCUCAGGAAGUGCUCCUCUGCUGGGAGCCCAUGCGGAGCCUGUUCCACCGGGUAAUGUGCGUGCCCUCCAGUGGCAAGGCCGUCCUUGAGCUCAGCGGUGCAUCUGUGAAGGAUCGCUGGCUCAUUGCACCCGUGACGAGUCCCCUGUUGUCACUCGGCAAACUCUACCGUGUCGGGUGGAGUGUUGGCAGAGAUCAAGACGACAAUCUUGUGCUUGAACGCGAUGGCAUCAAGAUUCCUGUGUACCUGAAGCAAAAUUCCUUGUGUGUGCGUGGUGACAUCCGUGUUGUGAUGAGUGACCCCACCUGUGAUGUGCGCGCUUUGCAGCUUCAUGGUCCGUUCCUUGCACUCACCGAGAGGUUCCAGGUGUUGUCUGAAGGUGUGCGUGCCAACCGAUGCAACUCUUCGUGCUUGAUCGACUGUGCUACUGCUCUUGCAGCGCAUGAUGUCAGGUUUCGUACGACGCUCAUAAAUGGGCCACAAGGUUGGAAGUUGCACGAGCUGAAUGCAGAAGUGGCACGUCUUGAUGAUCCUGAGAGUGCUUUGCCUCACCAAGGGAUUGAAAGGUUGCAUGAGAUCAUCACCAUUGCCACUUCCGCCCGUGUGAACAUGCUUGACCUGUUCCCUGAAGGGGACAUCCCUGCCCCGGCACAGCCAGUGCCAGUGCGUGCUGAAUCGGAUGAUGACGACCCAAUGCUUCCUCUUGAAGGCCUCAACGAAGAUCGUGAUGUGAUUGAAGAUCAGGGUGCAGGCAUUGGACGACGAGCAAAGACCACCUUCGCCGGCAUGAGCUUUUGGAAAGGCAUCAUGCAGAAGCCGACGACGGCGCAGCUGUGCCACGUGAGCAAGCGCCGGUUCGCAUGCCCACCGAUGAGCAGAGGUGGCAGUGAACGUACAUGUUCCACGUUGUCCUUUGACUUUGCUUACACUGGUCGUCCGAAGGACCCCGCAAAGAAGCUUGUGUGCCUUGUUGUUGCUGACAGCCACACUGGAUCUCGCAAUGCGUGGGCCUUGCCCCGGAAAGGAGGCACUGAAUCGAUGCGCUAUGCUACAGCCGAGCUCUGUCGCUAUCUCAAUGUCUUGGGGCACAAUGAAGUCACCUUGAAGAGUGACAAUGAGCCGACAUGUUUGGCGUUGAAGGCGGCAGUGAAGGCGUAUCGCACCAAGCUUGGGUUGAAAACACACAUAGAAGCCCCUGAGCCUGGAGACCACCAAAGCAAUCCUGCUGAACAGGCCAUCGAGUUCUUGCGCCAGUUGACAUGCACCAUCCUUGCUGAGUAUGAAAAGGAGACAAAGACCGCAGUUGGAUCUCUUGAUCCCAUCCAUGGAUGGGCCUGGCGGCACGCCGGAUGGAUGGCACACAGGUUCGUGAAGAGCCAUGGGAUAACCAGCUUUGAGUUGGUCACAGGUCGUCCGUACAACGGGAAGAUCAUAUCCUUUGGUGAGACCUGCUUUGGUCGCAUCCGUAGCAAAGUCAAGGGUCAUCCUAGAUGGGUUAGAAUGCUGUGGCUGGGCAAGCUGACUGUGUCCGACGCACAUGUCGGCGUGACGCCUGGAGGCUUCUUGGUCUCGUGCCGGUCAGUGAGACGCAUCCCCGAGCGUUUCAGUGAUGAGCUUUGCACUGUGUUGCGAGAUAUGCCAUACUCGCAAGCAGCUUUCCUCGCCGGCCAUGUUGGACAAGCACGGGCACAGCGUACACCUGCGGGUGAUGACGGGCCAGCUGUCAACGCAGAGGUGGUGCCGCCCGAGGCACCUCCACCAGAGCAGCGGCUCCUGCCUGACGACGCAAUGCUUUCCGAAAUUGUUCCUCAAUUGCCUCGUCCAAGCAUUGCAGCGGGAACGCCAGAGCCCCCAACGCCUCACCAGGCGGGGAUUGCCUCAGCUGAUGCAGUCAAUGAAGAUGUCGCAAUGCCAGAACCAAGCCCUGCGGGUGUAGGGGCCAGCCCUAGUGGUUCUAGUUCCAGUGGGUCUAGUGGUUCUAAUCAGGCUGGCCGUAGUCCUCCCGAGACCCCUGCAGAUCAUGUUGCGCCCGGAAGCAGUGAGCCUGCGCCUGUGCGAAAGAAGCUUCGUCUGAUGGCAGUCACGAAAAUUGGAGACCAGGAGUUUUAUCAUGUGGAUGGCGAGUCACCUGAUGAAGAGAUCGAGGCGGAUCUUGGUGACGGUGAUCUUGAGAUUGCUGAUGAUGGACAAGAGCAAACCCUUGACAUGCCCCAAUCCUUGAUAUUUCCUUUGGACCACGGUGAACCGGAACUUUCCGACGAAGAGUUGGCACGCAUCGAUCAGAUCGCCAUGGAGUACGAGCUGCAGCGGCUCGGGCGCAUGAAAGUCUUGGCCCAGGUCGAUGGUCCGAUCCCGGGACACAGGACCCUGACCACGAAAUUCGUGGUGACAUGGCGUUUGAAAUCGUUCGGGUGGAUUCGACGUGCCCGCCUAGUAGCCCGAGAAUACCACUUCCUGGACCCAGGCGCAGGCGGGGAGUUUGAGCCGAACCCAGUCCCGGUUGAGACGGCUUGCAACGUGAGUGAUGUGGGUACCAAGUCCUUGAACCCAGGUCGCACCGAAUACCUUUUGGGGCUGAUGGGCAUCAAAGAUGCAGACAACGGCUAUGCCCCUCUUGGACAAGCGCAUGCAGCCAUGAUCGAGAAUGCACGUGCAAUCAGAGCAGUGUGUCGUGACUUGAAGCAUUUUGCCAAACGUGGUGAAGCAAGUGCUCAGAUGCUGUCGAUCAUGCUUCUUGCACUUCAGAUGACGCCAUCGUCUGGUCAGCCUGAUCAGGAUGACGACAGUGAUGAGAACACAGGAUUGUUCCAUCAGUGCCUGAUGUUUUUCUUCACAGUUCUUGAGUGCUUCGGGGAAUUUUUGAGCCAGUAUCCGUCCGUCGCAAGCGCUGGGUUGCAAGUGAUGUUGGAAACUACGCAAACUACGUAG